AUGAGCUUUUUCCAAUACUUCUUUUCAGAUGUAUAUGGUCAUAUGCCUAUAAUGGGUAUAGGGUCUGGCACUAUCAUUGAUCCUGAUGGGACGAUCUUGACCUGUGCACAUUGCAUAGCAGACUUUUCUAGUAGGCAAGUGAUCUUAAAAGGCAAAGUAGCCAACAUUAUCUUUGUAGAUUCCCCGUUGGGUUCUGGAUUCUCAUACUCAAGAAAAUAUGAAGGGUAUGAUGCCAACGAUACUAUUUGGUCCGAACAGGCUUCUAAGUUUCUUUUACAGUGGCUUGUUGAGCACCCACAGUUCAUCUCCAAUCCCCUCUACAUUGCUGGGGAUUCAUAUGCUGGAAAAAUUGUACCUAUGGUGGCCAAAAGAAUAUUGGAUGGUAUUGAUGAAGGGAAAGAACCAUUACUUAACCUCCAGGUAAAUUGCUUGAAUUGAUGGGCCA